AUGUUUUCCUUAUUUGUAGCUUCAAGUUUAAGUAACAGAGUUGAAGUUCCAGAUGUAGGAGCUUACUACAGUUCCUUUUCAUCAUUAGCACUUGAAAUGACGUUCAACUUGAGAUCUUAUUCUGGUUAUACACAUUAUCUUCUUUUAUACAACCCAUACAGCGAUUUAACUCUUAAUGGAGAGAAUGCUUCCUCAAGAGUAUACAGUAUAUCAACAAAGAUCUUUAAAUUUGAAAGUCGAACCGCUUCUACUCUUUAUUUUGACGUUGUUCGUAUUCCAAACUCAUGCUAUACAUUGGAUUUCCUUUUGGAUCCAGAAGUUAAUUCAGAAUACGAAUACUCACGUGCUAAGAAACUUUUGAAUUUCGAAAAAUCAUAUUGUUUUGUUACUUACAGCCAUAAUACCUUUAAUAUAACCAUCACAAACACUGAUGGAAAAAUGAAGAUUGGCACUACUUCUUUAUACGAUUAUGACACAACAACUGCUGAUGAAGGCGAUACUUCUUAUUACAACACAAAAUCUUUCGUUGUAAUGUACAAACCAGAUAAUUCAGCUACAUCCAAAGCCAAGAUCAAAUUUACUGGCUCCUCAAGUACAAAACAAGAUCCAACUCUUAUUUCAGACAAAAAAAUUUCAUCAUACUUUGGUGCAAAAGCUGUAGAUACAACACCUCCAGAAUACAAAAGUAUCGACUACGGCAUCCAUAUAUAUAGUGAUUCAUCAAGAUACAACGUCUAUAAUAUCACUUAUAAUACAUAUAUUGUCUUCACACAUUGGAAAGAUGUUUCAGCUGUUGCAACAGUUUCUGGUACUACACUUAAUAUCCUUGGCAACACAAACAUUGUUUCAGUUUUCUUCAACUCAACAGGCACACUUACUCUUUCCAGAAAUUCAUCAAGGAGCACUGCUACAUUUGUUGCAUAUUAUAUGCCAAGCACAUGCCAUUACAUUGUCACAUUAUCUGGUGAAUCAUCAUACAAAUUCGACACAGAUGGCAGCGCCAUCAAAUGUAUGGUUUCCGCCUUCAGUUCGGGCAGUGUUAAUAUUGACAAAGGUUUCUGGGGUGAAUUAUCCACAUACAAUUAUGAUGGCACAUAUUCAUCAUCAUCCAAACCAUUGUACUCAGUUUUCUACAACACAUUCUCAUCUGAGCAUGAAUACUUCAAACAUGAUAUUUCGACAUACUCCAGUGAUAACUCCUAUGCAUAUGUCAUCAAAGGCAAAUCACCAGAAUAUUUAUCAUACUGGAUUGACAGUUCAUCAUAUAACAAGAUCAACAGCGGUGAAUGGUCUAGCAGCGGUCUUGCUGGUUGGGCUAUUGCUCUUAUUGUUAUUGUUGUUAUCAUUGUUAUUGCUGUUGCCAUUACUAUUGUUGCUAUUUGCUGCUGUGCCUGCUGCUCGGUUGUCAACAGAGCUCUUACAAGUUCUAGUUCUAGCUCUAGCUCAAAGAAGAAGAGAAAUACAACAAACACAACUCUUCUUGUCCAACAGCAACCAUACCCACCACAACAGUACCCACCACAACAAAGUUAUCCACCACAGGGAUAUCCUCCACAACAAUAUCCUCCACCAUCACAAGGCGGCCAACCACAACCAUAUGGUUAUUAUCCACCACCACAACAAUAUCCACCACAAGGCUAUGCACCAAAUGGCCAAGUUCCACCUCCUCCAGCCGAUCAACCAAAUCCUUAUGCUUAA